AUGUAAUUCUCUGACAUUACAAACCUUGAAAAUUCAUCUCAUAAUCUGAAGACUAAGUCUUAAGUUUCUCAGAAAACUAUUCCCGCUAGUCCCAAGAAAAAACCGUCUGUGAAUUACAUGGAUAUACAUAACUUUAAAUUCGAGUGGAUCUGCCUAGAUGAUUUUGAAUUGGAAAUCAUGUAUCAAAUCGAUUGUAAUCCAUUGUAAUACUCUAAAAAUGAAUAAAUGUAAUGGUUCCAAAAUUAUCAUCUUCAUUUGUCUUAUCCACUCAAAUUGGAUCACAUUAAUACCUAAGAAUCUCUCAAACAUCAUUCAAUUUGUGAGUUUGGAAGAAAUAAAAUAAUAUGUUGGAUAGGCUAAGUUUUGGGCUCAUUUGAAAGCACAUCAAAUGAGACUUAUUUUUUAGCCAUUUCAAUUUUUGAUAAAUUCCUUCAGCAGUAUCCCUACAGUCUCAGCAAUUAAGAACUCUUAAGCAUUGGGAUAAGUUGUUUAAGUUUGGCCUCUAAGCAAAAAGAUAUAUAUUGUUUGACUGCCUCAUAACUUGUACAAAUAAGUGGUGAAAUUAUGACUGAAGAUUAGCUUGCAAAAUGUCAAUUUCAAAUCUUACAAACCCUAUAAUACCAAAUAGAAAUACCAAACUACUUUAAGAACUUUGAUUACAUCAUGCGGGACUUGGAGUUUCGAUACUUCUAACUAAUGAGUUCAAACAUUGUUAAGAAUUCCUUGAUGAAAAUGAAAAUAUCAGCUAUAUAUAAAUGCACUCUAAAUCUAUUAAGAUAUGUCACAUAAUAUUAUGACACAACAAUAUUUUAUUAAAGCACUAUUGCUUAUUGUUGCAUUUAUUAUACAAUAAAAAGGAUGGAAUUAUUGAAAUUUAGAUAGCUUGAUGAUUUGACUAAAAUUUUGAUGUCAAUUUAAAUUGAAUAAAAUAUUGUUAAUACAGAAAUAGCUCUAAAAUAUAUUUAUAGACUAUGCCAAAAUGAUUUGACAUAAACACAAUCCGAAUUCUUAUCAUAGACAGAUUUCAAAUAUUGA